GAGUGCGUCAUUCCAGUGAAAACGGGCGCCAGGCUGUGUCCCUGCUGUGGAGCGGCGCCGUCGCCGACGUUUUCACCGAGUUCUUCAUGCGGCAGGGGCUCUGAAAGGCAGGGCUGGGGCGCGGCCAGGAUGCGAGCCCGGCGUUCCGGAAAUCCCAGGAGACGUUCCACCCUUCCUGAUAAACCAGGCCUGGGGUUAGAGGGUCCUGUCCACCCUCAGACUAACGUGAGUGCUCUGGGCCCAGGGAGAGCCGGGGCGCUCACAGUGCCGACAGCAAACGGCUGCUGGGAUGGACGGACUCCUUCACGCCAGCAUCCUCAUCUGCCCACUGCCUACAGAAGCCUCUGCUUCUCAUUUCAUAAGGAAGCACGCUUCCCGGAGGCUCCUUCUGCUCGGGGAAGUUCCUGCGAUCCACGAGGGAAAGCAGUCAAGGCCUUAAAUCAUGACGUGGAAAUCGAUUUUGUGGAAAUUUGGGAACACGUCAAUCACGAGAUAUUUUUACACACAAGGAACUUGGAUUUUCCACCUUGGGAGAAUAACAGCCCCCUUAUUGGGAAAGAGGCGGGAAGAGUUGGCAGAGGAAAAUGUUACAUCCUGUGGAACAAAGCAGGACCAGCUAAGUCAUUAGGAACGAGCAGAAUACAAUUCUACAUCUAUCCGACAGGACUCCAAGAAAAACACUGUGACGCUCUAAAUAGUUUUAAACCCAUUCUCAGGAAUUUUGUGAUUUCCCUAAGUCUAUUUACAUAAGUAAGUACGAGCAUCUCGUAAGUCAGACAGAG